AUGCGGAGUAGCUGUUUAACCCGACCACUACUACGACAGUUAAGAAGUCCUGCUCUGCGCUUCUACUCUUCUUCCCUGAAAUCUCCACUACGACCUCUUACUGCCACUGCGAUACCCUCUCGAGUCUCUGUCCCCACCAACAAAGCAUUUAGCACUACCACAAUCAUGGCCAAGUCCACGAGAACAGAGACCGAUGCCUUUGGUCCCAUCGAGGUCGAGUCCGACAAGUACUGGGGUGCUCAGACACAAAGGUCACUGGGAAACUUCAAUAUCAAUCAACCACAAGAUCGCAUGCCGGAAGGUGUCGUGCGUGCUUUUGGCAUAUUGAAAGGUGCUGCCGCUACCGUCAAUAUGAAAUAUGGCCUGGAUCCCAAGGUUGGUGAAGCUAUUCAGCAAGCCGCCGCCGAGGUCGCAAGUCUGAAAUUGAUCGAUCACUUCCCCCUUGUUGUCUGGCAGACCGGUUCUGGCACCCAGUCCAACAUGAACGCAAACGAGGUCAUUUCCAACCGUGCCAUCGAGAUCCUUGGCGGCGAAUUAGGUAGCAAGAAGCCCGUUCAUCCAAAUGACCAUGUCAAUAUGUCCGCCAGCUCCAACGAUUCCUUCCCUACCGUUAUGCACAUCGCCGCCGUGCUCGAUUUCGAACAGAAGCUGAUUCCCGCUCUGACAAACCUGCGAGACGCUCUGCAGAAGAAGAAGGAGUCAUUCGACCAUAUCAUUAAGAUUGGUAGAACACACUUGCAAGAUGCUACACCUCUGACCCUCGGACAAGAAUUCAGUGGAUAUGUCGCCCAACUAGACCGGAACCUUGAAAGAAUUCAGUUUGUCCUUCCCCAUCUCAGGCAAUUAGCCCAGGGCGGAACCGCCGUUGGUACUGGGCUUAACACCUUCAAAGGCUUCGCCGAAGGUAUUGCUGAAGAGGUAACUAAACUGACAGGUACUGAAUUCGUUACCGCCCCAAACAAGUUUGAGGUGCUUGCUGCUCAUGAUAGCAUCGUCGAGGCUUCCGGAACUCUCAACACGCUGGCAUGCAGUCUUUUCAAAAUCGCUCAAGAUAUUAGAUAUCUCGGUUCAGGUCCUCGUUGUGGCUUGGGUGAGCUCAUUUUACCCGAGAAUGAACCUGGCAGUAGUAUCAUGCCUGGCAAGGUCAAUCCCACUCAGUGCGAAGCCUUGACUAUGGUCGCCGCCCAAGUUAUUGGCAAUCACACAGCUGCCACAGUCGGAGGUCUUAGUGGACAAUUUGAGCUAAAUGUUUUCAAGCCUUUAUUGAUCCGAAACCUUCUACACAGUGUCAGAAUUUUGUCUGACUCCAUGAAUGGAUUUGUGGACCACUUAGUUGUCGGUCUACAGGCCGAUGAGAAGAGAAUCGGCACUCUCCUCCAUGAAAGUCUUAUGCUUGUCACUUGUCUCAACCCGGUCAUUGGUUAUGAUAUGGCAUCGAAAGUUGCCAAGAAUGCCCAUAAGAGGGGCUUAACGUUGAAGCAAUCAGCUUUGGAGCUGAAGGCAAUUUCUGAGGAAGAUUUUGACAAAUAUGUUCGACCAGAGCUCAUGCUGGAACCCAGUGAGAAAAAGUAA